CAAAGAGCUCUUGUCACCCCUGUGCCUCCAAGUGGGACACUGCAGCGUGUCCAACAGGGCUCACAAGUUACUCCCAAACCUCAACCCCUUUGUGUUCCUGCUAUACAGCCAAUUCUGAAGACACCUGUUGCUCUCUCAGCGCAGUCUCGACUCAGACAGCAGCAGGUUCAACAGAGUCCACAGGCUCCCCCUCGGCCUCAGCUUAAUUAUCAGAGUGGUGCUCCAAAAUAUCUGUAUCCACCAUCUUCAAUCAAGCUGGGCUGGACCAAACAGUAUCCUGUUGGCAGUGGAAUGAAGAAUCAGGGCAACACCUGUUAUAUUAAUGCUGCAUUGCAGGCACUAUUUCACAUACCUGCAUUUGUCUCAUUGGUCCUUGAGGACCAAAGGCACCGAGACAAUUGUACUCUAAAAAAGAAUAAUACAUGCUUGAUGUGCUCUGUAGCAGAGACUCUGAUAAGAAGUCACCAGUCCUCUCUUGUGGUCCCUGUUCGAAUUUACAACCAACUGCCCAUGAUUCACUCUUUUUUGAAGAGAGGGAGGCAGGAGGACUCACAUGAGUUCUUAACUCAUUAUCUGGACAAGCUUGAUGAAGAGUAUUUAAAGCGGUUUCCAAUUUCUCAGAGAAACUCCAACAAUUCUGCAACAUCACCCAUCAAAUUAAUAUUUCAGGGACAUAUCCUUCAAGAAGUAACUUGCCUCAAUUGCAAAGGAGUUUCAAAGUCCAUUCAGUCCAUUAGCGACCUGAAUGUGGUGUUGCAGGAUAGUGUACUGCAGGCAAUUUCUGUCUAUUUUCAGCCAUCGAAGCUGGUUGGCUAUAAAUGCCAAAAUUGCAGGUCCCAAAGUGGGGCUUACAAAGCGUCCUCUAUAAUCAAUCCUCCUAAUGUGUUGGUUAUUACUUUAAACAGAUUUCAGGCACAGACAGGGGCCAAAAUAAACUCGCCCUGCAAGGUGGAUCCAACGUUGGACCUCAAGAAGUUUUACAAAGGAAACAAAGAUGGUUGUAGGUACAAAUUUUUGGCUUGUGUAAACCAUCAUGGUCCAGGGGCAAAACGUGGCCAUUACACUUGCCUUGCUGUUGCAGCUAAUGGCUCAACAUAUGAGUUUGAUGAUGAAAAGGUCUCACCAGUGCAAAACUCAUCUGCUGAUGACAACGUUGCCCUUGGCAGCUACUUCAUUUUCUAUGAAAAGCAACAAAAUAAACUAGUUGACAAAAAAUAAU